AAGGAUUCUUCUGUAACGUCGACGUUCUGUAAUCAAGUCUUGAUCACAUCAAUGAAAAUUCGAUUCAAAAUACCAAUUUUUAUCAACAUGCGAUCAACAUAAAUAUCAAGUACGGAGUGUGAUGGCAUUUUUGGCGUACAUGUGGAUAAUUCAGGAAUAAUUUUUGAACUGAUUCAGGAUUAUUGGCUUUCACUGAUAAAGAAUUUAUAGGAAGAAAUCUCAAGCUUCACUACCAGUGCCUGAUAUCAUCAACACCAACGCUCAAUUUUUCAACAAAAAGCGUGUGGCAAUUGUAGCAUUGUUCACUAAUUAACUAGAUGUCAGUGUCAAAUAUGAGAAAGAACGAUCAUCAUAAUAUUCCAGUAUUGGGUCCAAAUGGAACUAUUGUAGAAAAUUGGUCCAGUAUUUCACCCAAGAUCGCCAAAGUAAAUUAUGUUUGGAUAAUCAACUAUUACAGUUUCUACCACAAAAAUGGAGAACAGCUUCGCUCUCCGAUAUUUACUGCGACUGCCAACAAUCGAUGCAUGUGGUUUCUACAGUUGUGCUUCGGCAAUGACGAAUUCAUUGGAAUUGAUAUUAUUCUGGAUCGUGCCAGCGAAUGCAACAAGGUAUUCGCGAAAUUCACCGUAUCUAUUUUGGAUAACGAACGAAAGCAACUAGUUACAAAAUACAGUCAGACUUGCGAAUUCGAUGGAAUCAGAGGAGAUUAUUGGGGAUUCAAGAAGUUCGUGUGCAAAAGUCAUCUCUCCGAUCUCGAUAAAUUCGCACCAGACGACAAAUUGACGAUUUAUUGCGAAAUUACUUUUUCUGAACUUGAAGAUCUGGUCGAAAAUUCAGAUCAAAUCGACUCCGCUUGGUUCCAGCCAAAAGUUCCAGUAAAUGAUCUUUCCGAAGACUUGAAACGAUUUUACACGAGUCAGCAUCUUACGGACGUUGUAAUAUCAGUGAAAGGAAAAUGCUUCCCAGCUCACAAAGUCAUCUUGGCGGCGCGUAGUUCUGUGUUUUCAGCCAUGUUCACCCACGAUACGAAAGAAAACCAAAGCAAUCGCGUUGACAUUACAGAUAUCGAUGAAAACAUAGUAGAAGAAAUGUUGUAUUACAUGUACACCGGAAACAUUCAUGAUUUAGAUAAUUCGGCUGAAGGAUGACUGAUGGUAGCCGAUAAAUAUGAAAUGGAAGGCUUGAAAGCUAAAAGCGAAGAUGCGCUGCUGAAGAAGUUGACCGUUCAAAACGCAGUGGAUAACUUGGUACUCGCAGAUUUUCAUCACGCUGAUAAAUUGAAAUUGAAAACGAUUAGUUUUAUAGUUGCGAAAUCGGUCGAAGUUAUGCGUACGAAAUCGUGGAACGAUAUUGUCCUGUCACAUCCUCAUUUGGUCAAUGAAGUAUGCAGAGCUCUGUCGCAUCAGUUAGCGUUAUAUUCGUGAAUUUCUGCGAUGACGAUAUUUUUAUUAUUUUUUAAUGUUUUUUUUUCAAGGCCUUUUUUCGAUUUUUGAUUUUUUUGUUCAACUUUUUUUUUAUACUGUAAUGUGCUUCUGCAGAUUUAUUGGCAGAUACCUAUUAAAUUAUUUUACUUGGUUGUAAUUCUUUA